CUCCGAUAGUACUAGCACCACUAGUCUACUAUAUUUUACUACGAAAAAACGUUUUUACAAAGUUAUGACUACAGUAGUUCGGUUUUAACUUUCAGAACUUAUAAAGUAUACAGCACAUUUUUUAAAUAAUAAUUCUGCUAAAAUGUCUGUUAAAUUGAUUGGCAGAACUACAAAUUUGUAUGGAAAGACGCUCUGGGAAAUUUUAGGCAAUCUAAGAACCACGGGUGUCGGUCGUCUGGUAACUAGGAACUCUUAUGAUAGAUAUGAAGAACCUAGCUUUUUUAAAGUUUUAUCCGUCGAACCUACCGCACAAAUAGAAGACAAAGCAAGGAAAGUAAUAGUUCAUGCCGAGAAAAUAUUCCGAGGUAAACGUUACAAAGAACCUGUUGAAAUAUACAGUGUUUCAUACAAACCCGAUUAUCGUUUAAUACCCAAAGAUGAGGAACAGUUGUGGUGGGACCGAUUAGCUAAUUGUAAGCCACGAGAGAAGUUUGUACCUGGAUCUAUAGAGUUGCCACCUCUCAUGAGAUUGGUAUUAGAACGAGACAACAAAGACUCUAAUAUUAAAUUGCCAUUAAAAAUUCGAGGUGGACGAGAUAAUGUUGCUCAAACAGAUACCACAAAAAUUGCAUCAUACAGACCAGAUUUUUUCAAAAAUCAACAAAGUAGUUAAUAUUUAUUAUGCAUUGUAUUUAUUAUUAUACAUUUUUUUUUUUCAUAAAUAUUAGAAGGAUUUGUUUUUAA